GCAGGCUCAGCUAGCAGCUAGCAGCUAGUUAGCUUAGCUCCUGCUGCCUGUCUAACAGGUUGCUUUAGCUCUGAGAGACAAACACACUGUCGCGGCAGGAAGACACAUGUAGCAGCAGUGUUUGACAACACACGGAAGAUCCGGUACGCAUGCGGAGAUGUGACUGCACAUAAUAGUAAAACCUGAAGAUGGAGAAGGAGAGCAACCUGUCAUCUGCUGCUGUCCAGUCUAAACUACAGAGGAGACAGAGGAAGGAGCCUGCAGAGACACACACAGCCUCAUCACCUCCUCUGAUGCUACCUAAUCCUCAUGUGUCUGAGCAGAGUUUAACAGGGAACCGGUCUUCAGGUCUGAGCCAAAAGCAGAAUCCAUCAAGUGGAGUGCCAGCAGCAGGAAGAGGAGGAGAUGCUUCUUCAAGGAGUCUUCAUGGCUACAGCAGCAGCCGCCGUGUUCGAGAGACCAGUGAUGAUUUCCCGCAGAGAGAACGGUCCUUAUGGGAUCCAAAUGCAAAGACAUCAAAAGACAACAACGGCUCUCCUGCUCAAGGAAGAGUUAUGGGCAAGAACUCACUGGAUGCACAGAAAAAAGGUUUCAGAAAUGCCAGAUCAGCCCCUAACUUUGCGGGGAAGUCAAAACCAGCACAGACAGACUCGGCCCCAUUUGAAGUGAAGAUGACCGAUUUCCCAGAGUUAGCUGGUGGUUCGCUGGGCAAAGCAGGCCCUCCUCUGGUUCAGAGAGAGUGCUGGGGUCCACCUCCUCCAUCCUCGAGCCGUCAAACGCAAACACCAGCAUCUUCCUGGAGGUCUGUCAGGAGAGGAUCCCCAACACGACCUGAACCCCAACAAAUUGCCACUAAUGCUAAACCAGAUUCCUCUGCUGCUUCAUCAGGUCAGCCGAUGGUGACCUCCUGGGCUAAUGUUGCCUCUCAGCCUCCAAAGAAACCUGUCCCUAAAGAGAAGACAAUCGGCAGAAACAACAUGCAGACGGAGGAAGCGGCCGCACAGCAGGAAGAGGACACGCCGGGGAAGAAAAAACGUAAGAAAAAGAGGAAGUUUAAAGGUGCUUGGGAAGAUGCAGAAGCUGAGUCAGAAGAGCCAGCGAUGUAUCAGGAGCCUCCAAAAUUUGAGGACGAAGAGGAGUUUCCAGGCUUGACUCCUGCUCUGACUGUGACUGGUAGAUUGAAAACAAGCAGCUAUGCAGCAAAACUAUGCAAUGAGGAAAACCAAAGAGAAGGUGUUCAGCAUCAACCUGCCGACCAAACUAAGGAAAAAUCACUUGCAGCAAAAAGUCAGCCCACAGAGACGGCGAAGAAAGGACAGAAAGCUGAAAAGGUGUCUGGGAAGAAAAGCAAAGUUCCUGUUCAGCUUGACAUCGGAAACAUGUUGGCCGCCCUGGAGAAGAAGCAAUCUCAAAAAGCCAAGCAGGAUGCCAAACCAGUCAUUCUCUCAGUUGGUGGCGGACUACCCGUUGUCCACAAGCAACCAUUAGCCCAGAAGAAGCCGCCCUGGCAGCAGGAUAAAAUUGCUCACAAUCCCCUGGACUCCACCAGCCCUUUGGUGAAGAAAGGCAAGCAGAGAGAGGUGCCCAAAGCCAAGAAACCCACUCCUCUCAAGAAGGUCAUUUUGAAAGAAAGGGAGGAGAGGAAACAAAGACGUUUGCUGGAGGAGAGAGGGCUGCUGCCUGAAGACGAGUUCAAACCUGCUGCUGCUGAUGAUGAUGAUGCUGCAGCAGAAGAAGUAGAAGAAGAAGAAGAAGAAGAAGAAGAAGAGGAGAAGUGUGACACAAAUGCUACAGCCUCAGAUGAGGUUGGGAGUCCUGUAGAAGAACUCGAUGAUCAGUCAGAGUUUAACGGUACAAACCAGAUGGUGAUAGAGGGCGAUGAGGAGGCAGAGAAAGACGAGAUUGUGGAGCAGCAAACCAUCUCACCUGUGCCCUGCCCACCCAGUCGACCCAAAAUCCACAGCAGAAAGUUCAGAGACUAUUGCAGCCAGAUGCUGAGCAAAGACGUGGACGAGUGUGUGACAGAUCUGCUGAAGACGCUGGUUCGUUUCCAGGACCGCCUGUACCAGAAGGACCCCAUGAAGGCUCGCAUGAAGAGGCGCAUUGUGAUGGGGCUCAGAGAGGUCCUGAAGCACCUCAAACUCAGGAAGGUCAAGUGUGUCGUCAUCUCGCCCAACUGUGAACGCAUCCAGUCCAAAGGAGGCCUGGAUGAGGCUCUUUACACCAUCAUCGACACCUGUCGUGAGCAGGGGGUGCCGUUCGUGUUCGCCCUCUCCAGGAAAGCUCUGGGUCGCUGCGUCAAUAAGGCGGUGCCUGUCAGCCUGGUGGGCAUCUUCAACUACGACGGUGCACAGGACUUCUACCAUAAGAUGAUCGAGUUGUCGUCUGAGGCCAGGAGAGCCUACGAGGAGAUGGUGUUGAGCCUGGAACAGACAGGCGAGGCAGAGGCAGAGGAGGCAGCGAACGCUGAGGAAGAGCUGCAGAUCAGCAGCCUGGCAGAGGAGGCUGAGUCCGGUCCUGACGCCACACAGCCAGAGGAACCAGAGUACAUAAAAAUCUGGAAGAAAAUGUUGGAGAAGGAUUGCAACCACAAAUUUCUGAACUUUGAGGAGCAGCUGAGCUCCAUGCGCUUGGACAGUGUAUGUACUGAAAACACUGAUGAAGAUGAGAAGAGUUGACAGUGGCGAACCCCUCCGUGCCUAAAAAAAAAAAAAUGAACCCACUCGUGUGGAUCACCAGCUUAGAAGAAACCAGGAUGGACUUAAUCCAACAUGCAGAUAACACAAGCUGCUCUGCUGAAGUGAUUCUCAACCUGAGGAUUUUGUCAGGAAAUUAAUCACAUUGCUAAAGUUUACAAUGAAUUAUAAAUUACUUCUUUUUUUUGUGUUUGAGUUUAAGGAUAAUUGGACAAAGCUGUGUAUUUUAAGAGUGUGUGUGGGUUAUGACCUGGAGAGGUUUCAUCACUGACUUAUUAGGACCAAACCACUCACUUAAGAAAUCCCACAAUAUGAACUUUCAACCAUGUUGUCUGUGAACACGACUAGAGGAUGUGUAGGGGUUUAUGUACCGGAUGUGUUUAGAAUAUCAACAGUACUAAGAAAUGAUCAGUGGUGACUUCCACCCCAGAGCCAUUACGCUGCAUUUUGUUUGGUAUUUUGGCCUUUUUAUUUGAAAGGGACAAUAGAGAGAUGUCAGGAAAUGAAAACAGAGAGAAGGUGGAUGACAUGCAACAAAGUCCCCAGCCGAACUUUAAAUGCGUGCGUUGCAAUUACAUGGUCAGUGUCUUAUAUGGGCCAAUACGAUUUUAAGCUUGUAUCGCCCUUUGUAAAACUGUGGGGGAAAAAAAAAACUCAAGUUUGUGAAUGUAGAUAAGAUUUGUAGUGAUUGUAGAAAAAAAAAUGUGAGAAACUCAAAGCACACAAACACCCAGCCUUUUGCUGUUAAUGCAAGGCAUUUUGCUGUUCAUAUACAAGAAAACAAAAUACUAAACCAAUUUAUACGGACAAGAAAUGUUUCAGUACUUGUGCCGCCAGACGUCAAUUAUACUGCGACUUUAAAAAUAGCACUAUUUAAGUUUUAGAUUUCUUUGGUGGAUUGCAUUGUUGGAUAAUUGGUAUGUACACGGAUUUGUAGCUUUACUGUUACACACAGUCUGGGAAGUUUGAGUUUGAGUUUCACAUGUUUUUUUCUUUGAAUCUGCACUUGAUUUUCACAAAACCACUUUCUUUGUGUAACCUUACUGUUGACAUCAUUUGCGACCAAAUUUAUUUACACAUUCUCAACAUUUUUACUACAAAUCCUAUACAUUCACAAACUGCUUUUUCACAGGUUUACAAAGGGCGAUAGACUUCUGAAUUAUUUCUAAACAUCAUUUCAAAAACCUUACUUGAGCCCAGUCUUAAACCCCCGUGACACAUCUAGUGUUGAGUUUAGAGCUCUUCCUUUGCAUAAGAAAUUAAAUCCUGUUUUUAAUGUUUUUUUUAUCCCGAUUGCACUACAUAGUAGAGCUUGUGUUUGUUUUAUUUGUGUGGCACUACCAAAGUACUACACAUUGUAUGUAGUACUACCUGUGAUUAGGUGUAAAUGGUAGCAUUUGAUUUUCUCUUAAUAGGAAGAAGAGUAAAAUAAUGUUAUGAAACAUCACCUGCUGUUGACCCACAUAGUGACGAAUAAGACACUAUAAAAUAGCAUAAUGAUAAAACAGGACUUAUUCCAGUAAUCUAAAGUGCUAGGUGUCAAUCAUGUAUUUUAAAAAAAGCAAUAAAUGACAACAUUUGAAAUGGGCAAAUUAAUCAACAGUCAGAGGACUGAGAUUGUAAAGGAGAGAAGACGUAUGAUUGUGACCUCUGACGACUUGAGAAAUUGCUCAUAUAAACAUUUCAGUUGUGGAAAGGUGAUGUAAUGUCAGAUGUCUUAGUGAAUGUUUGUUGUAAUGGGUUUGGGUUCAUGCAACGUGCAACUGAUAACAUGCUGAAUUAUAUCUUGGUACAAUUCUACAUGGAGAAGGAGGAAGAUGGUUGUUGGGAAGUUGACAAGACGUUUUGACAUGUUACAACAGGAAAAGCACGGGUGUAACAAACAGCAUUAAUCAUUUCCUGCUAUGAUGAGUCAAAAAGUCUCUACACAGUCUUCAAUUUCACAUGAAUCUUGCAGCAAAAGAUUGACAUUUUUGGGAAAUUGGCUCAUUCGCUUUCUGGUGGAGAGUUAAGAUGAGAAGAUGAUACAAAUAACUGUUUGCGGCCAAGAAAUAGUUCCAAGAAAAAUGCUCCCCGUAAAAUGUUGAAUUGUCGUUUUUCACUCUUUGGUUUUGGUACAGAUCAAACAAAUGAGAUAUAACUAGCAUUAGGCGGAUCAUGUUACCUUCAGACUACGCCAGGCUAGCGGUUUCUCCCUGUUUCCCAGUCUUUGUGCUAUAGUGCUUUAGACUGGCUAUAUUCUUAUGUUUAUCAUAAAGAAAUGUGAUAUAAGUAUACAUUUUCUCAUCUAAUUCUCCAUUGGAAAGUGAAUAAGUGUAUUUCCCAAAACGUCAAACAGUUCCUUUAAAUGCUCUACUAUGAAAUGGUUCAAUAAGUUCUGAGGUAGUGAGAGACCAAACUGUGAAACUAUAGGAAUGAAGAUUUGAAACAAAGUAAGAAAGAACCUGAUGUUAAGCUAUAUUUUCUGAUUUUGUUCUUUUAUAAAUCCUUGAAUAUAAACUCUGAAUGUAAGAGGGAGAUAUAGACAAAUUUCCUUGCAGAAUGGAGAUACAAACAAUAUUUUUUAUGCAUUAAUAGUCAAAUGGUUACGUUGUUGCAUGUAAAAUAGGAAAUUAAAAUCAGAGGACAAUUUUGAGUUGAAUUAAUUAAUUCUUUGUCAAGCAAAAUGUCAAUGUCAAGUGUCAUUUGCAUGAAGAGGACAAAUGCUGUGUUUACUUUAAGUGAGUGUGGAUCAUUAAUAAACGAGAGGAAGAGAAGUGGACCGAGUAUCACAGACGAAAAAUCAAACCAUCUGGGAUGUGGUCAGAUUAACGUAAAGAAAAAAGGAAAUAAAACAAUUGAAUAUUUUUGUAAUACAUUUUAAAUGAUUAUUUGUCAAUAGAUAUUACAGUAAAUAAAUGACCUGAAUAAAGAAUCUUGGAAAAUA